AUGAUUUUCAUCAUUUUUAUCAUCAUAAUCGCAACAGUGAGUUCUGUUGAAGUGGAAUUCUGCGAUUCAUGCAUUAAAGUUGAUGAAAGCACUUGCUAUAAUGUUUCAUACCUCUUCGACAUCGACGCUCCAUUUGGGGAGAAAGUCUUUAUAACUAAGUUGGGAGUGCUAAGAUCUACCAACACUCUGUACUUCAGCUUCCAACCUGCUUUCGAAAAUGAGGAAUAUUUUAAAAUUGGAUUUGUUAAUAUAGAAACUCCUGGCAACACAACUGUUAUAUCGGGUGGGAAGCAAAUACUAAACUUUGGAACAUUUGAUCUAGAUCAAGAUAAUUCUUUAGUAUAUUUAGGAGGAAGCGAUGGUAUCUACGUAUUAGAUACCACUUUAAACAGAGUAGCACCAUACGGUUCGAGAGGAGAUAUAGUUAUAAGUUUAUUUUAUAGAGGCCAUGUGUACUUUGUUAGGAAGGGUGAGUUUAAAAUUAUUAAAAAGAAAGGCGAUAACUUCGAUGUGCUAGUUGAUGUAAUGGCCGUUACCAAUUUUGUUAUCAACAAAUACAAUGUAAUAGUGUUCGUGGGAACAUAUGGUUUGUUCGCCAGUUAUAAGGGCGAAACAGUUUGGAUAUCGAAAAACAGAUUUUUUAGAGGCUUAGUAAUAGAUAAGAAUGAUGAUAUAUACGCGUGGUGGAUAGACGGGAUAUAUAGAGUGAUUAUUGGGCCAAAAUUUUCGGACUCAUCAAUCGUUAAACUUAUACAUAUUCCAGUCAUCGGAGCAAUGACAUUUGAUAGCAAUAACGAUAUUAUUUUCACAGUUAAUAAAAGUUUGUUUAGAUUAAUUAAAACGAGUAAUACAACGGUUUGU